UCCUUCAUCUUUUGUCUGCUCGGUGCUUUUGGUUCUUCGUUUAAUCUUUGCCUGUUAGACGAAUUUAUUUCAUUUUUUUGUGCAUCUUCGGAUGAAUAUAUGUAUAUAUAUGUUUUCGUAUUUGAGGGAACUGAAAAUUUGGGGGGGUUUUGGUUCUUGGGAGGAUUUGUAAUUUUGAGUUGGGCCUAAAGCCACUGCCUUAGUGGCUCUAUCCCUAUAAUUGAUUCUAUAUUCAUAAAAGUGAGGCUGUUGGAGAUGAAAGGAGAUAAACUAAUGAACAUGUAUUGCUAAUGUUUGUUGAUUUGUGAAUGCACUCUUCAACAACUGGAAUGGCUCUCUCAUUAGAGGACUUCCUUGUUCGUGCCCGAGUACUAAAGCUGUACCGACAUGCUCUGAGAAUCUCAAGGAGAGCACCUCCUCAUGCUAGAGCUGAUUUGAGGCAGAUUAUAAGACAAGAGAUGGAGAAUAAUAGGAAUUGCAAUGACAAGCAGAGAAUUCGGUUCUUGAUUAGUGAUGGAAUUGAAAGAGUGAAACGUUUAGAUGAGACGCUUGAUAUGCAAGGCCAUUGAUACUGUAAUGUGUAUAUGGUAUAGCUUACAUCUUGCAACACUAACACUGUUGUCACCUCUCGGAUUAAUCAGAGACGUGCUGCAAACAUAGGUGGUUCAUGCGCUUUAGCUAUCUCUGCUUGGUUUAUGCCCUGUUGUCACCUGUCAGAACUUAUUGUUUUCCAACUUACCUCCAAUUAAGCAAGGAUCUUCAUUGAUCCUCAUGUAAACAUAUGAUUUUGAAGAUCUCCACUGAUCCUCUUGUAAACAUACUGAAGUGUACUGCUCCUAGUCUCCAACAGCUAGUAGAACAAUUCUAAAAUAUGCGACUCUCAAGGUUCAGAGCUGCUUAAAUUUCUUGUGUCCAUAUUGUUUGUGGAGGAGUGUGGUUAUUCUCAAUAAUCAAGUUUAUCAUGUUUCAAUU